AUGGCCAAGAAGGAAAAGACCGCAAGCAAGAAAGCCGAUGCAAUAGCCAAAAGAAAAGAUUCUGCCACCGCAGACGCGGUCAAGGACAAGAAAGCAGGCAAGGUGCGCAUCAUUCGAGGGUGGCGCUGUGCACCAUCGUCCAAGCGGCCAGACUUGCAAUUGCAAAAUGCAUCUGCUAUAGAUUAUAGUGUCACGCUUUUUGAGUGUGCGCAGGAGCGCUUCAAGGGCAAGGGUAAAUGGGAUGGAGCCGGCACCAAUGGUGACGACCUGGGCACCGAGCUGGCGGCGUUGGGGCUUCGGAUAAAAGAAAUCACAGGCGAUGGCAACUGCUUCUUUCGUGCGCUAGGGGACCAGCUGCAGGGUGACGAGCGACAACAUGUACAGCUACGGCAGCGCGUUGUGUCGUACAUGUUGGAUCAUCAGGACGAUUUUGCGCCGUUUGUGGAGGAUGACGAAAGAUUCGAUAGCUACGUGGCCCGAAUGAAAAAGGACGGUGUAUGGGCGGGUUACAUGGAGGUUGUGGCGGCUUCUCGAUGUCUGGCGGCUAACCUGACCAUAUACCAG